UUCAUAGGGCAUAAUCGUCAGUGUGCGCGGAUAGAUCCUAGUCUGCGGAUAUCGUCGUCUACGUCGUCUCGGAAAGCGCACGCUGGAUAGUCUCGCCUAUGCAACGGAGUCGGAGCAUCGAGUGUUUCGUACCAAAAGGACACACUUCCGGUUUUUUGUUCGUCACCUCGAGGACACUCACCAUGGCUUCCCUCCACAUCCUUGCCGUCGGUAGGACCCCACGAAGCAUAAGGACUUCCUUAGGAGCUAAGCAUAUGUUUGUCGAUGAUGAGUCUCUGUAUAAUGCGGUAAGCCGAUGUCGCAGUAUGGGGGAGCUGAUGGCGGGCCGUCUCCAGCUCCUUCGUCAAAGGUUUCAUGUCGUAGUCUGGCGUAAGGCCGUGAUCAGACUGGCUCUCCGGAUAUAUUUACUGGCAACAACGCACGGAGGCAGGGUCGAGAUAAUGUGGCCGUCACGUUCGAAAGCCGAGGUCGCCAGGAUCAUCGGAAGCAACGCGGUUAGGCAGGAGAUCACGUCGAGAAUAGGCCUUUGUCUUCAUUGUGUCGACGAUGCAGAAGUUGAGAGUCGUUUUGAGCAUGGAGACGCGGCGCAGGACCGCUCGGGGGAGGUAAGACCUGAAGGUCGAAAGGUGGCCACUCGGAGGUCUAGGCGAGGUUCGAAUCGUAGCGUACCGAACGACACAGGCUAGACGCACCACAAUCUCCUCGAAAAGUGUCUGGAAGCUCUGGAUGUCGCGACUUCGCGC